CAGAAUAUCAAGAAAGAUAUGAUGAUGAUGUCAACUCGCCAACUUGCCAAGCGUCUGAUAAACGCAUCGACCAAUCAAACAUUCACCAGAGUUGCACCCUCCUCAUCAUCGGCACUCUUUUGUAACUCUACUACUUUAUACAACAACAACAAUAAGAAGGUCAACAACUACUCAUCAAAGAAUCAUCAAGAGCCACAUGAGGAGAAAGAUCACUUUGAAUACACCAACAAGUUGGAGCCACAAGUCCUAAAGGAUUACAUCCCAUGCUAUACUGUCAUGGACCAGAAUGGUGUUGUCAAUCCUCCAUCUGCUGAUCCAAAUUUCUCUCAAGAGAUGGUCACCAAGAUGUACUCGACAAUGUUGAUGUUGAACACAAUGGAUUCGAUCUUUUAUGAUGUUCAAAGACAGGGACGUAUCUCAUUCUAUAUGACAUCGUUUGGUGAGGAGGCUAUUCAUAUUGGCAGUGCACAGGCGUUGACGUUGGAGGACACCAUCUUUGCUCAGUACCGUGAGAGCGGUGUGCUGAUGUGGAGAGGAUUCACGCUGGACGAGAUUGCCAACCAGUGCUGCUCCAACGAGCUGGACCCAGGCAAGGGCCGUCAGAUGCCCGUGCACUUUGGCUCGAAGCGCAUCAACGUCCAGACGAUCUCCUCGCCACUGACCACCCAGCUCCCACAGGCUGUGGGCGCUGCCUACACCCAGAAGCUGCUGGGCCAAAAGGCGUGCACCGUUGUAUAUUUCGGCGAGGGCGCUGCCUCUGAGGGAGACUUCCACGCCGCCAUGAACAUUGCCGCCACGCUCUCGGCACCAUGCAUCUUCUUCUGUCGCAACAACAAGUGGGCUAUCAGCACACCAUCUCACGAGCAGUACCGUGGCGACGGCAUUGCUGGCCGUGGACCAAACGGCUACGGCAUGACCACGUUCCGUGUGGACGGCAACGAUCUGUGGGCCGUGUACAACGUCACCAAGAUGGCCAGAGAGAUCGCCGUCGAGAAGGGCUUGCCCGUGCUGAUCGAGGCCAUGACCUACAGAGUCAGCCAUCACUCGACGUCCGACGACUCUAGCAGAUACCGCACGACCGAGGAGAUCAACCAUUGGAAGGAGAAGAAGAACCCCGUCAACAGACUCAAGAACUACAUGGUCCGCAAGGGUUGGUGGUCUGAGGAGCUCGAGAAGACCACCGUCAAGGAGGCACGUGAGGCCGUCAAGAAUGCCCUCAUGAAGGCCGAGAAACAAAAGAAGCCAAAGAUCUCUGAGCUGUUCACCGACGUCUACGAUGACAUCCCCGACCACCUCAAACUCCAGCAACAGGAACUGAUCGAGCAUUUGAAGUUGUACCCAGAUGAGUAUCCAGUGGACCAGUACGCAGCAGAGGACUCAGUACAAAAG